CGCCGUGACUUCCGUGUUGUGAACAAGGGUUAGCCAGUCGAUAACAACAAGGCCCAGUGUGAUAGCAGUGUAGUUUUGAAAGCUGUGAGAAAACGAGAGGAUUUUCGCUAAUGCGGCACCUUGAAAUCUCUGUAGUCCAGUCGUCAGAAUUUGAGACCACACGCAGGUCACACUGGAUGGGCUGGCUGGUAACAUUUGGGGCCAGCUGUUAACAUCCUUUGGGCCUGUACGUGUAACCUCAGUCCGCAAUGGCCAGUCACUUCCGUAGCUACAUUUGGGACCCGGUCCUCAUUAUUUCUCAGAUUGUGUUGAUGCAGUGCAUCUACUACAGCUUCUUGGGCCUGUGGUUGGCUGGAGUGGACAGUCUGGUGCAAACUAGUCGGUCACUGGACCAGAUCUUCAGCUAUGAAGCACUUGGCUUUGCAACAAUGCAAGGAAGGCUCUCAAUGAUGGCAUUCAUCUUGAACUCUCUCACCUGCGCCCUUGGUCUGUGGUUCUUCAUCCGUCGAGGGAAACAGUGUCUAGACUUCACAGUCACUGUGCACUUCUUCCACAUGAUCGGCUGCUGGAUCUAUAACGCUCAUCUCCCAGCUGCCCUGUCCUGGUGGCUCGUCAAUGUAGCAUGCAUGGCCUUGAUGGCUGUUAUUGGAGAGUACUUGUGCAUGCGGACUGAGCUCAGGGCCAUUCCAGUCAAUAGUGGACCUAAAUCUAAUCUGUGAAUUUUUGUCGACACCACACUGAGAGUCUAUGGACGGUUAAUCCUCGAGGAACUCGCUCAGGGGAGGUUUUUCCACUGUUGGUAAAAGAAAUGGAACAUGAACCUCCAUCGGCAUAGAUGUCGAAUUGUCAUGCAUCUCCUCUGAAAGUGAUACAUCAAAUGAACUGAUUUAUUUAUUCAUAGCUGUCCUUUAAAUGUUGGACAGUGUUAGCAUAUUAAGAUACAUAUUGUAAUGCUCAUGAAAAGCUGAUGUCAGUUUACACCUUUCUCUGAAACUAAUGACUAUAGAUACAAUUUUUUUUCUUAGUAAUUAAUUUCUUCCUGUUGAAAUUCAGCAUAUUAACAUGAGCAUCUCAUUCCCUCAUUUUAAAGUAUUUUAAGAUUUACAGUAUUUUUUUCUUUUUUACACCCAUAGAAAGUGACAAGUUGAAACUUAAGAUGCAGCAAAUAUGAAAGCGAGACAUUUUUUCUCUGUCCGUGCAUUGUGUUGAGUUGCUGGGUUGGCAAACAAACAUCAUGACCAUCGUGUUACAGGAUAUUUUGGUUUAACAAUUUAAAAUGUUCCAGUUACAGCUGUUGGAUAACAGGUUCAGUGUUCAAAAAGGCUUCCUGUAGUUUUCUGAUAUACACUAGCCAGUCGUCGUGUAAACUCAAAUGUAGAAGGGAGUUUUCUGCUUUAUAAUCUCAACACAGAAUCUGUCAGAGGUUUGAAAUCAGGCUUAUUUUUUACCUCUCGGGAUUAAGUUUGUACAUUUAACCUCAUACUGCUCAUUCUAGGCCUUCCUUGUCAAGCUUGUACAGCAGUUUGCACAGCUAGUGUUGUUUGUUUCCCUCUCUUUAUGCCAUGAUGUACUAUGCAGACAAGGUGGCCACUUUGGGGACAGUCUGUCAGCCACCAGCUGUGUUCUGACAGCAGGCUGUGUCUUUGUUUCUAAAAGGACUGUCACUGUUUGUGGGGACGUUACAUGAAAAGUCCUCAAAAUGUGCAGAACUGAAGGUUUCUGGAACAAUGUCAGCUCUAUCAUUUAGCGACGGCUUUUGAAACACUGUCUAAAUUAACUGCUUAUUAUUACAGCAACUGUAACACAUGCUCAUAUCCUUACAUUCUGUGUGGUGAUAGUGUGGAAUAUAAAGUGUCUUGUUUUGAAAUCAGGUUUCUAAAGUGUAGUUUAAGUCCAUUAUUAUGGUGCACGGGCUGAUAUUUAAAGGACUAGUUGACAUUUUGGGAAAUGCGCUUUGGUGCAGAGAGUUAGAUGAGAGGAUUGAUACCACGCUCAUGUCUGUACAGUAAAUGUGAAGCUGGUUAGCUUAGUUUUCCAAACACUGGAAACAGGGGAAAUGGCUUGCCUGGCUCUGCUUAAAGGUAAACACAAUCCCUCUACCAGCAUCUCUGAAUCUCACUGUGUAACAGUAUUUCUCAUUGGUUUAAAGGAGCUAUUUUUAAGUUUUGCUAUUGCUAUGUAGCCAACGUUAGCAUUAACAGCUGCUUACUUACCAGUCUUGCCAAGACCUUCAGCCAUUGUUGUGUUGCUAAUAGAAGAGCCCUAUUUCUUCAGGUCGGACUGGAUGAUACAGUGACUCGGUAUCGAAAAGUGAGCAUGUUUUUUCUAGACUUGUAAGUAAACAGCUGUUAAUGCCAAUGUUGGCUAUCUAGCAAUAGCAAAAACGACAAAUAUCCUUGAAUCUGUGCAAAAACUGUCAUGGUGAUGACACACCUUAUUUAUAUGACGCCUUGAUUUUUGUGUGACUUAAACAGACAAGAUAUACUAAGUAAUAAUUCAGGAGCUAUAGAGGUGCUGAUAGGUGGAUUUCAUUACCUUUGUACCGAACCAGACAGGCCCUCCCCCCUGUUUUCAGUUGUUGUACCAAGCCAAACUAAUCUUCUGCUGGGUUUAUCUUCGUAUUUCCCAUACAGACAUGAGCGGUAUCAAUCUUUGUUUCUAACAUUAAGCAAGAAAGCAAUAGGCGCAAAUCCCAAAAUGUCAAACUAUUCCUUUAAGUUGUGUUCAAACUCAACUCAAACUCAACUCAACAAUGGCUGCACUGGACGUUUUCACAUGCAAUGCCACCUUUUGAGUCUUAAACAUAACUUUUGUUUUUAUAAUGUAUUUAAAUACUGUACAAAAAACACGAGAGAUGGACCUAUUCCCCUUCAUGUAAUUAUAUUCUCUGACUUGUUUCUAGUGUGGAAACAUCAGUUAAAGUGUACUUUUUUUUUUUUCUCUGAAGAUUUAAAUAUAGGGUGUUUACACCAGCAUUGAGAACUUUUGGCACAAUGCAAGUACUUCUCUAGAUAUGCUGUUUAAUAAAACUCUACCAGUUUGGAUUGAUUGAAAAAACGAUCUCAGUCAUGAAAGUGUAGGUGAAAAAAAAAAAAGGCCAUUAUGCUUUAUACGUCAAAGAUGGAUCCUCUAAUGAGGGGCACACCCCUGAUCGUGUCUGUAGUUCUCCUAAGGUUUUCCACCCUGGGCCCUGAUCUCUCAUUUUCUCCCUCCAUUUCCUGUGCUGGAAGUGUCCAGGUGGAAAGAAGCAGAUGGGAGAGCACUAACGAGCUGAAAAAUGCUGGUUGCGAUCCUCAUUACCAACACUUUGCUUCAGGGAGGACUAAAAACAGAAAGUCAGUAGUAGAUGAAUUGUACAGCAGAGGGCUUACUGCAUCAAUUAAACGCUCCACUGUUUUACCA